ACUACGUAACUGUCAAGGUUGUUGUCGUAUUUCAUGUCGUAAAAAGUCUUCGUUUACCCUCAGUUCGUCACUUUUGUUUCGUGACUUAGAUGAGUAUGUCAAUAAACUGCUGAUAGCAACUAGAGAUGUUUGUAGGGUCACGUAUUUUAUGACUAUAUAAAUUUAGUUCGUAACGCAAAUGUAAGUGAGUUAAUUUCCUGGUGAAUGUCCUUUCAUAUAAGUUCAGAGCCUUAUUUCCUGCAAGCGAAAACGAUUUCCAGACAGCUUCAUCCUUCUUACGUAUUUUCUCUCCAGAGUGGCCGCUGUCAUGGCUAUCCAAUGAUUAUUUGAUAGUUACCUUGUUUAUUGUCUUGUAGCUUGUUCAAAACUGUUAAGAAUCCGUAUAGCUUGAAUAAGUUCUAGUGUCACGUUGAUACUUCAUAUAAGCUUCGGAAAGUCAAGGUAUCAUAACACGUAACAGAGUAUUUUUGUGUUUUUAUAUGUAAUUGGGCUGAUACAUCACCUUGGCAGUAUUUUUAAGGAAAAACAGGUUUGUUUGCAAUGCAUAGGCGGUAUAAAUAAAUCAGUCAGUCUUCAGUGUUAAGGAUCGUUGGCCAAGUGGCCUGUGUUAGUCCUAGCAGGUUAUGUGGGUGUGUGGAUUCAGUUUCUCUUUGGAAGUGUUCUUCGGAGUUGUUCCAGUAAUCGUUUCAGUUCGAAUGACGCUUGUUGUUAACACUACAGUUCACCCUUAUCUUAUUCCUGUGAUAUCUAGUACCAUCCAGUUGCUGAUACCGUCAGAAUAAAGUGCAAAAGUUCUCUACAAUGUAUCGAUUCAUUUAAGACUCAAGCUUUUAUGAAGCUGCGAAUCACUAGUCUAGGCACUCGACUAACAACCAAUGGGUUAAGUGCUGGAAUUUCACACUGUCACAAGAUAGGUGUGGCGCAUCGUCUACUGCAAAAGCGUUGACGUGGUUGCUGAGCUGCAUCCUAGCUAAUCAUUAUCCAUUCGGGUUUAGAUAGAAUCCUAUAUACGUCUCCCAGGUUGUGAAAUCAAAAUCUUAGUGCGAUAUAUUUGUUUUCUGACGUUAUCUAAUGACAAACUCAUUUUUCUGUGGUUGAAAAUGGUAUCUUAAACGUGUAUCACAUAACUAAAUACGUAUAACUACCUCUAAUGCUUUUUAAUACAGUGAGGAGUGGCUUAAAAUCUUAUUCUUACUGAUCUAUAUCUAGGGUGGUUGGUUCACUAAGUUAUCGGUAAGAACGCUAUUUAGCGCCACUCUACAGCCAUCUUUGCGUAUCGUUUAAUCAGUAUUUUUCUGGUCAAAGCAGAGAUAUGAGCUAUGCAAACUUUCGCUGCACACAGAGGUUUUAGUAGUUUCCUCUAGUUCCCAUGACGUUAGCAAUAUUUAUUAAACGAAUAUGAACCUCAUUGGGAAGCUUUGGGGAAUAUGGUAGAUCUUUUUGAGUGCCUUGAACUUAUUGAAUGUGACCACUAUGGGCUAAUGCGACAAAAUUGGACUUCGUAUUGACUUCGCUCAUCCCUUUCUUACCCUCGUACGUAGACGGUCAGUAACAGGUUUAUUAGGCUACUUAGUAGUAUAUUGGACAUAGCUUUCUCUACAGGAGCAGGUGAAUUCGAAGACAGAGAAGUGGAUAAACUAUUCCAUACACAUAAAUAUAAUUAUGUUUACUGAAGUGGAGGUUGAGAUUUAGUUGAGAACGGUUUUGUUUUCUUGCAUUUCUUAUCUCAGAUUUUUCCGCCUCAUAAGAAUGAUUUGAGCUUGAAUAAUGUGUGGGAAAAGCCCAAGUUUUACUUGUAUAUCUGCCUCGAAGGGUUUCCAACCGUAUGGUAGCUUUUGAUGUCACUUGGCAUCUUGAAUUGCAUUACUGAAGCAUAUUUACUCCUGGUAAACAUUCUACUACCUACUGUCUGGUGCGUAAUCAAUGCAUUUCUGUCGGCUUUGAAUGGCAAUGCUUAUUCAUGCUCAUAGGUUUCCCACUUUGCGAACAUUAUCAAAUCUUGUAUACGAUUAGUUGUUGCUUAAAUAGCUUGCUAGUGAAGGUUUUGCCUCUGAAACUGAGGGAUGUAGGCUUAUAUUGCUUAGGAAACGCUAAUUUCGUUGUUGGGUUCGAUUUCACCUAUCAGAUAUUCAUAAACAUACAUCCACGGCCAUAGUUUGGUCAGAAUUUUUAGAUUUCUUUGAUUAAAUGUGCCUUCUUCUGCGUUUUUACGGAAUUUUUCUGCGCGUAAUUACUUGAAAUUUCGUUACCAAUAAAUUCCUUCUUGUAUCUAUUCUACGAUCGACGUUUCUUAUCGCACAUCAAUGUGCCACAUAGGUGACAUGCCGUUCAUAGUAUAAUAUGUCUUCAAUAUACCGUACACUGGUUAGCUGUUGCUCACUAGUAGGUUGGGUAAUUUUUUAGGUGUUUAGGUAGGAAACCGUCUCACCAUUCGAGAUUGUUAUUAUUAUUAUUAUUAUUAUUUGUCCCUUGGGUUCCUAAUGGAACAUAAGGCUUCAGUAGCACGUCUCCAUUCCACUCUGUUCUCUGAAAUCUCUUGAACCUGGCUCCACGACAGCCCACAAGCUCUCAUUUCCUCUUCGCACGAUCUCCUCCAUGUCACCCUCGGAUGCCCAACUCGUCGCUUUCCAUCUGGGUUCCAUUCGAACGACUGGCCUGACGCGUGAUGUCCCCAGUCGGCCUUCUCAGUGUAUGCCCAAUCCAUCUCCACUUCCUUCUCCUGCAUAUUUGUUGAGCAAUAGGUUCUUGGUUGGUUCGUUGCCAACCAGCCAGAGUUCCUUGUUGCUUAUUCUUUCUGGCCAUCUGAUCUUCAGUAACGAGCCAGCGUAGACAGUUGUUGAUGAAUGUCUGUGGUUUGUUGGAAAUGCCUUUCGUAACGCGCCAAGUCAAUGUGCCAUACAGAAGCACUGACUUGACUGAGUUGGUGUUGAAAAUCCGGGUCUUGUUCCACAUACUGAGUGCAGAUCUCCUCACUGGUUUCAGGCUAAUGAACGCCUGUCUUGCUUUUCCGAUCCUGGCUGCUUUGACAUCCUCGUCUGUGCCGCCUGUAGUUGAAACGGUGGUGCCUAGAGAUAGGUGAAAGGGGCUACUUCCCUUAAGUUUCUCUCGUUGAUGGUGAUUGGAGUUUGUUGUUGUUGGUUGGGUAUCUUCAUCACCUCUGUCUUCUCUAUAUUCACUUGAAGUCCCGUCUUCGCUGCCCUGCCUCUUCUGUCAACUUGUUAGUUUUCGCCUGUAGAUCUUCAAGUUUGUGUGAUAUCAGACACAAGUCAUCGGCAAAAUCCAGAUCUUCUAGGUCCUUUUCCCCGGUCCAGCGUAUCCCCCUCUUCUCGCUCCUCACAGUUUGUUGCAUGAUCCAGUCGACCACAAUCAGGAAUAUCAUGGAUGAUAGUAGAUAGCCUUGUUUUACUCUUGUCUUCACUUCAAAAGGUACCACUGAGCUUCCCGUUUUGAAUUACUUGGCAUGUGGCGUCCUCAUAUAGUUGUUGAAUGAGGUUAAUUAGGGUUUGUGGCACCAAAACCGUAAUGUUGAAGCAACUGCCAAAUUACUUUUUGGUCGACGCUGUCAAAGGCCUUUUCAAAGUCGAUGAAGUUGAGGUAAAGUAAAGAGUUGACUACCAUUCUAUACUUUGUUCUAUGAUGAUGCGAAGCGUUGCAAUUCGGUCCGCAUAUGAUUUGUACUUCCUGAAUCCAGCCUACUUUAGUCUCUCCAGGAUGAUGCGGCCUAGUAUUUUGCUUGGGGUAGACAGGAGCAUGAUUCCGCGCCAGUUUUUGGGAACACUUGGGUCACCCUUCCUUGGGAGUUUGACAAGGUAGCCCUUCUUCCAAUCAACCAGCAGGUACCUUCCCUUCCUUCCACACCUUCUGCAAUAGUGGUGUGAGCAUGUCCGCUGUUUUCUCUGCAUCUGUCCUCAGUGCUCCUGGCGAGAUUCCAUCUGGUCCUGCUGCUUUCUCGCAUUUCAGUAGCUUUAUGGCGCUCAGGACUUCGACUUUUGUUGGAGGAUUUGUGUUCACUUGCAGUUCUGUGGCUACAGGUGAUAUUUCUGGACGAAGUGCAGGUGGUGGUCGAUUCCAGAGCUUCUUGAUGUGGUCAACCAUUCGAGAUAUUUGACUUUAACUAUGUAUGUUACAAGUUUAAAUUUUGCUCCGCAUACGGAGGCUCGUAGUGACCAGACUAAAACUUGGCAUCAGUGCAUGAAGUCUUUAACUGCUCUUUUGAGCCAUGUAGGGCUAUGCAGACUAUCCGGUUGGGGUCUACGGGACAAUGGAAACUAGUAGUUGGUGACUCAGAACCCUUGUCAGUGGCGCAGAUGUAUGUACGCAUUCUCCUCAUCUUAGUCGCUAUACUUAAUCUCAUCAUUUUCUCCUUGCACCUCUCUCUCUUUUACUACUUUCUAUGUCUUUUGACCGAGUUUUUUUCAAUCUUCCAUUUUACUGUCUUGUUACUUGAUGUGCUCAUAUGAGCUGUUGGAACUUGGACCGCUGUAUUGUAUUUAUGCUACUCUGAAAUGUAAAACCUUGAACUCGCUUUCAUUUAUAUGAGGAUCUGCGUUGAUCUGUCUGCUCGUUUAACUCUGCUGCAGGUAACUUUGCCUGUCGAUGUAAGCGGUAGCUCAGUAUGAGUAACGAAGCUGCGCACUGAAUUAUUGAACAGGUUAUUCGUAAUAGUGCCCUGAAACUGAGUAACAAUAGGAAUUUCUGUCAUUGGUUUCUAAUUUCCACUUGGGAAUAUCAUAUCCCACAUCAUGCAGCAUCUGUAAUGCUCCCUAGGGUUUCAAAGGUGUCUUUGAUCAUCCUGAAAAACCAAUAGUUUACGUCUUUGACUCAUAUGUAUUUAGUUAGACAGUAAGAAAAACCUACUACGUAAUUUUAUGGUAGCAGAUGACCAAUCCAAGUUAAGAGUUCAUUUAUUCUGCCAAGGUCCUGAAGUACAUGUGUACCACAGGUCUAAAAUCAGAUUUUAGUGAUGAUUCUACUUCCGCAUCAAGUAUCUACCUUCGAUCCCCAAUUUUUGUACGACAACGUAUCGCAAUAGUUCUGAAAAAGCUAACUCUACAUGUCUUAUGAUAUUGCUUAGGAAUAUUGCUUCACAUCGUUAAAAUUAUUCUUCCCGUUUCAUGUUUCAUGUUGUGGUAUUUUCUAUGUUGACUUUAUUUCGCUAAUCUGCAGUAUUUCUUGCUCUACAUUUACAGCAAAUUGAUUGAAGUACUUUGAAGUCAUCGUUUAUAGGGUGCCACGUUUUUCAAAAUACCUGUGCUGUGCUUUUUGAUUCAGCACUGAACAUUCUUAUAAUGCCCCAUAAAAAGCAAAAACGAAAACAUAAGAAAUCAAGCAGUGACUCUUCUUCUUCAGAUAGUAAUUAUGAGUGGGAACAAUCCAGUACAAAUUUACCAGAAACACCUUCUGAGAAAAGUACAAUACAGGAGAAUAGCUGGAUCACUAAUAUUAACUCUAUGGACAGCUUCUUCGAUACAUUUACCUCAAAGUCAAGAGGGAAUAAAAUGAAUAAAGUCAAUCAGAAUAACUCCGCAAUGAAUGAGCUUAAUCCUUACUUGAAAGAUGGUGGGAGUGGUUUACCAAUUAAUGAACCUUCUUCUAAAUCCAUACUAACAAAGGAAAAUCAAUCGUGGCUAUACAAGUCGUUUAGUCGUUGUGUUGAAACAUCUGAAGAGACUGGUGUUAGCUUAAGGGAAGUACUACUCCAGCGUUGGGAUGCAAUUACGGUGAAUGAUAUGUUAAAGAUAUUCGGUGACAGACAUAGUCAUGGCAAAUGUUCCAGAUUACAAUAUAUCUCUCGUGCAUCAGAUGCAAAACCACGUUGGCUUAAAUCUCAGUCUACUAAUCCAUCACCACCUUCAUCUUCUAAUUCGCUUAGAGAUCAUUCACCUAAACAUUUUGAAUCACUAACCAGAAAACGAGAAGAAACGACUCAGUCAGUAGUCAAUACUGCCAAUGAUGGUCAACAAGCGUUUGAAGAACGUUUAGUUACGAAUGAUGAUAUAAACUCAAUGGCUGCAAAAGUGAUGCGUGCAGAAUUGGAGUCAAAUUCUGCCAAAGUACAGAAAUUAAAGGCAAAUUUAGAUAAGUUGCGUGAAGCUAUGCAUCGUGGUAUAAAAGUAAGACUUCAUACAAUAAAAAAGAAGGCAGCCAGCAAUCUACUACAAAAUAGUCAGCCGAGAGUCAUUGAAUUAACACGCUUGAAUGAUCGAGGUGUUGAGAUGCCAGUGCAUAUAAGAAAUCUUCCUGGGACUUCACAAGGUGAUGGUAAAAGGUCACAACGUUUUAAAACUCAUGAUUCAUCUGGACAAAGAAUAGCUUUUUUCUCGGAAGAUAAUGCAGAUCAAGGAGUCUCUGAUAUGAUUCGUGAUGAACGUUUACGUUCAGCUGGUGACAUGGAUAUUGAAUUUUCAAAACUUGCUGGAAAACACGUAGAAGAUGAAUAUGGAGAUGCUUUUGUUAAAAAACGCGUGCAUGCCGAAAAAGAGGCAAUGAAAUGCAAACAAGACGCUGUAUCAUCCUAUAAAAGAAGAGUGUUUGCUGAGUCAAAAUGUUCUACUUGUCUGGAACGUGUACCCAAAUACCUAGUUGUCAGUCUUGGAGAGAAGGUGUUUUUAUCUUUACCUUCACAUAUAAGUAUGGUACCUGGUUAUUGUUUGCUCACCCCAUAUGAGCAUACUGGAUCAAUUACUCGAUUGGAUGAAGAUGCUAUAAAAGAGAUUCGAAAUUUCAAAUGUCAGCUGACCGCUAUGUUUGAUAAGCAUUACAAUGAGUCAGGUUGUGUUUUCAUUGAAACGGCUAUGAAAUCUGAUGUAAUUCGGUAUCAUACACAAGUGGAAUGCAUUCCUGUUCCAAGGCAUCUUUAUACUUCAUUACCUGCUUACUUUAAGAAGGCCCUAAGUGAAAUUGGCUCAGAAUGGGAUCAAAAUCGUCGUCUGAUAACACUAAAACCAGGUGGAACUGGAGCAUAUGGUGCAAUUCCUCCGAAAUUCGCUUAUUUGGCUGUGGAAUUUGGUACUACUAAUGGGGGUUUCGCUCGAAUCCUGGAUGAAGAACAUGAGAUAUCUUCAUAUACUGGUCGGGAAAUUAUAGCUGGUGCUUUAGAUAAAGAACCCCGUCUGUGGCGAAAACCUAAACCUGAAAAUUUUGACCAUUUACGCGAAAAGGUAGUCGCUUUCGAAUCUAGGUGGCAUUCGUACGAUAAAUGGCGAGAGAAUAAUCCUAGCAACUCUUCAAAUAAUGUAAAAAGCAACCAUGAAGAAUUUCCAUUGGACAAUGAACCUGAAGGUCCAGUUCUACCACCGGGAUAUUAGUUCCUGUGACCUAUAUAUAUAUAUAUAUAUAUAUAUA